AUGGCCUCCAAUCCUUCGCCACCGUGUUCUUUCGUGCGCGACUCGUCCGCCGCUAGAGAGGGUAAACCCCAUGGACGGAGGUCGAUUGGGGAGGAAGUUCCUUUUUCAGAUAGAGACCGCAACCACCCGCUACGAAACUUUCCAGAUCUAGCACCGGUCGAUUCUGUUACGGCGAUUUCCGAUAGCAGAGGGCGAACCGACAUCGACAACGACUCAGGAGAGUAG